CAGUUUUUCAGCCUUUUUCAAACUGUUUUGACUUAACUUGUUUUGUAGUGUGAGAAAGCCAGCGACUGUUGACUCACACUGAGCACAUAUAGACUAAAGCCAGAAAGAGUCUGGUAGAAGUGGUUUUAACAACUUUGGAAAACAUGCAUCGAUUUUGGAUAAGAAAUGCUCUUAACCUAUUAUUCUACGUUCUGUUUUAUCUCAAAUGCAUCACCAUAGAAGGUGGUAAGAUUAUUAAUCAUGAUACAUCAGUCAUAAAUGGAGGAAAUGCCACUUUGUUUUGUCAUCUGACUGAGACAGAGGAGAAUUCGUAUCAAUUCGUAACUCGUAUCAUCUGGCAGAAACAGACAAAAGAAAACACUGAAAAGGAAACCUUCUUCAUCAUUGACAAAGACGGCAAAACUGAACACAAAAACGAUCUACUGGACAAGGCCAAAUUUAUUGGGAAUUUUAAAGAGAAGAAUGGAUCAAUUCAACUGUUGGGAAUGACGCUGCUGGAUGAAGGGAUCUAUACUUGCAUUUUCAUAUCUCCUAAUGGACAACGUCAGACGAACAUCAAUGUCACAGUACUUGUUCCUCCGUUGGUGAAUAUUACGGGGAGGAUACACGUUUCACGUCAUUUCAACAUUAUUUUGGCAUCGUGUGUCGCUUCCAAAGGCCGGCCUGCAGCAGAGGUGUUUUGGCGAUUAGGAGCUCUGAAUGAUUCACUGAGGACGGAAACCAGCUACACGGAGCACCCGGAUGGAAGCGUCACGGCUGUGUCCAACAUACUUGGUGCACCAUCGAAAUAUCUAAACCAGAAGAAGAUCCAGUGCGUGGUAAAACACAGCACACUGAUAAAGGAGCUAGAACUUGACUACGUGAUAAAUGUCCACUGUAAGUAA